AUGGUUUAUUCAAAGCUACUAAAUGCUCUCGUCGUCCUCACUCUCUUAUCAUUUGCCAAGGGCUUUACACUGCUAGGCGAUUGGACUCUUAGAAGAUUAACAGCAGAUAUAGUCCAGGAAUCUAUUUAGAUGGUCCUGGGCUAGGAGAAUGCAGCGCAACUCACCGACUUGAUGCUCCAGUUCAAGCUGGCGAGCCAAUUCGGGAGUUGAGCAAGCCCAGGAACAUCUAAACAGGUUCCUGGGAUAUACAAUUACUGGCAUCGCCAAUCUUAAAAAUGGUGGCAAUCCUCCUAUAACUACAGAUAGUUCUAUUGAUCUAGGAUCAUUAGCUGACUGUAGCUCAAUAAACCUGAGUGGUGGUCAAACCUGGAUUUUAAUAGCAGACGUGUCCAGCUUAAUUGAUGCUUCAGAGUACACAUUUGGAUUUUGGAUAAACUUUGAAUCAACUAUUAGCGGAAGAGUUUUUCGGUUCGGAAAUAGCAUAGGCCCAUUUUAUAGUGUCUCAUCAAGAACCGAUGGCACCUUAAAAGUUGCCUUCGGCUCAGCCUCUGGAGUAAAUUAUUGAACUCAUGACUUUUCCUUCACUGUCCCUUUAAGUAAUUUCUAUACAGAUAAAUGGUGCUUUAUUGCGUUUCACUUUAUAAAUAACUCAGGUAUUAUUACUUUGGAGGUUUUAUUAACUGGCAUAGCCAAAAUUUCCAAAACUUUUGAUGAGUUAUGCUAUGCCUGGUGGAAAAUUCGAUUUUGGAUAGUCAAAUUAAGGGAAAAUUCCAUAGAGUUAUUCUUACAAAGAGUGCCACCAUAA